CCCCCGGAGAAGAGGAGCGGCAGCCCCUGCAGGACGGGGGCCUGGCCGCGAUGGGAUCCGCCGCGGCCCCGGAGCGGGCGCUGGGCUACGUCCGCGAGUUCACGCGCCACUCCUCCGACGUGCUCGGCAACCUCAACGAGCUGCGCCUGCGCGGGAUCCUCACCGACGUCACGCUGCUGGUUGGCGGGCAACCCCUUCGAGCACACAAGGCGGUGCUCAUCGCCUGCAGCGGCUUCUUCUACUCCAUCUUCCGAGGCCGUGCAGGAGUCGGGGUGGAUGUGCUCUCCCUGCCCGGGGGCCCCGAAGCCGGAGGCUUCGCUCCUCUUCUGGACUUUAUGUACACGUCGCGCCUGCGCCUCUCUCCGGCCACCGCACCAGCCGUUCUCGCGGCUGCCACCUACUUGCAGAUGGAUCAUGUGGUCCAGGCGUGCCACCGCUUCAUUCAGGCCAGCUAUGAACCUCUGGGCAUCUCCCUGCGGCCCCUGGAGGCAGAGCCCCCCACGCCCCCAACGGCCCGUCCACCAGGCAGUCCCAGGUGCUCCGAAGGGCACCCAGACCCACCUACUGAGUCUCGCAGCUGCAGUCAAGGCCUCCCCAGUCCAGGCAGCCCCGACCCCAAGGCCUGCAACUGGAAAAAAUACAAGUUCAUCGUGCUAAACUCUCAGGCCUCCCAAGCAGGGAGCCUGGUUGGGGAGAGGAGUUCUGGUCAACUUUGCCCCCAAGCUGGGCUCCCCAGUGGAGAUGAGGCUUCCAGCAGCAGCAGUGGCAGCGAAGAAGGACCCAUUCCUGGUCCCCAGAGCAGGCUCUCUCCAACUGCUGUACAGUUCAAAUGUGGGGCUCCAGUCAAUACCCCCCAUCUCACACCCCGGGCCCAAGAAGCCACUGCAUCAUCUCCCUCCGGGCGGGCUCGUCCACCACCAGGAAGUGAAUUUUUCAGCUGCCAGAACUGCGAAGCUGUGGCUGGGUGCUCAUCGGGGCUGGACCCCUUGGCUCCUGGGGAUGAGGACAAGCCCUACAAGUGUCAGCUCUGCCGGUCUGCCUUCCGCUACAAGGGCAACCUGGCCAGUCACCGCACGGUGCACACAGGGGAAAAGCCCUACCACUGCUCCAUCUGCGGAGCCCGCUUUAACCGGCCGGCUAACCUGAAAACGCACAGCCGCAUCCAUUCGGGAGAGAAGCCCUAUAAAUGUGAGACGUGUGGCUCCCGCUUUGUACAGGUAGCACAUCUGCGUGCGCACGUGCUGAUCCACACCGGGGAGAAGCCCUAUCCUUGCCCGACGUGCGGGACUCGCUUCCGGCACCUACAGACCCUCAAAAGCCAUGUUCGCAUCCACACGGGGGAGAAGCCUUACCACUGCGACCCCUGUGGCCUGCAUUUCCGGCACAAGAGUCAACUGCGGCUGCAUCUGCGCCAGAAACACGGAGCUGCUACCAACACCAAAGUGCACUACCACAUUCUGGGGGGGCCCUAGCUGAGCGACAGGCCGGCCCCAGUCACUUUCUGAAAGCCAGGGAAGCUGCUGGCCCACACCUGGCUUCUCUGUCAGAUUUGGGGAUGGAGGGUGCAAGGCCCCUCCGUUCUCAGAAACUGCCUCCACCUUCAUUUCUCACUGGGGAGAGCAGGGGUGGCAGAUCAGGAUUCGAUCUGCCUCUGUUUUGCUGGUCAAAACCUCUUCCCCACAAUCAAUUGUUUCUGAGGAGAGAGCAAGCUAGGAACUGGGGAGGGAAAAGGCUGGAGGCCUGGUUUUCGUAAGGGAACAGUCCUCCACCUGCAGUCCCCAUCUCAUUCGGUUUAUCUGUAAAUAUAAUUUAUUGAGGCCUUUGGGUGGCACCGGGGCCUUCAUUCUAUUGCAUUUCCUAGCUCCCUCUUCCUAGUGUGAUCAGUGACCUGAGACA